AUGCUUUCUGCCGCGCGCUCUGAGCCACAGUCCGCGCAGGUUCCCAGAGCGCGCAGUGACCAGGAGCGCACUCGCACAGACAGCGACGAUGUGUGCGCGCCGCGGAGACGACAGCCGCGGGAAGAGUCCGUGGAGCCGCCGGGGGAAGUUCCUCUCCUCCCCCCUUUCUGUGUGAAGAGAUGUUUAGACGCUGAGAGCCAUGCGUGUAACGACAUGGCAUGGGCGCUCCUCUUCGCUCGACUGGCCCCCUGCUCCCCGCGGCUCUCCAGGACGUCCCUGUGCUUCCUGUCCAUCUCCUUCACGUACGCGUGCUACUGCGUCCUGUUCCCCGCGGAGAGCCUCACGCAGAAGUCCGCCGUUGACCCCACUCCAGGACGCGCGCGGUGCCAGACUCCAGUGCCGCGGACCGUGGAGACGCAGGCGGUCCGCACGCACAGCCCCAGCCCCGCGCUCAGCACCAUGAAGUUUGGAAACAAAAAGUUGCCCCGUGCCAUCAUCGUGGGGGUGAAGAAGGGAGGGACGCGGGCGGUUCUAGAGUUUAUCAGGAUCCAUCCGGACGUGCGCGCGGCCGGGACCGAGACGCACUUCUUUGACAGGAACUAUGACCGGGGUCUGGACUGGUACCGGUGA